AUGCUUAUUGCAUUUGUUGGAGGAAAUGAGCCUUAUUGGAGAGGUUUUGUUUAUGCUGCAAUAAUGUUUUUUUCUUCAAUGUUUGAAUCAUUUUUUAACAGCCAGUAUGAAUUUAAAGUCUAUACUGUAGCAAUGAGAAUUCGAUCCUGUGUUAUAUCUGCAAUUUAUAAAAAAUCAUUAAUAUUAUCUAGUGUUGCUAAAAGAGAUUUCACUGUUGGAGAAAUUGUUAAUCUAAUGGCAGUAGAUACACAAAGAAUGAUGGAUUAUAUUCAGUUAGUAAAUUUAUUAUGGUCCACACCAUUACAAAUAGGAAUUGCAAUUUAUUUGUUGUGGCAACAACUUGGAAUAUCAACACUUGGUGGUUUAGCUGUAAUGAUAUUAUUCAUUCCUAUCAAUGGUGUGAUAACUGCGAAGCUUAAACAAUUACAGUUACGUUUGAUGAAAGAUAAAGAUAAACGUAUAAAUCUAAUGAAUGAAAUAUUAACUGGAAUAAAAAUAUUGAAAUUGUAUGCAUGGGAAGAGUCAUUUCAAAAAAGUGUUAUGGAUAUUCGAAAUAGAGAAAUCAAAGUUCUUAAAACACAGUCAUAUUUAAAUUCUUUUAUAAUGUUUUUCUUUACCAGUGCACCAUUUCUGGUUGGUUUGGCAAGUUUUACAAUGUUUGUUUUUGUAAAUUCUGAAAAUGUUUUGGAUGCAAAUCGAGCAUUUGUUUCAUUAACAUUAUUUAAUAUUCUUCGUGUACCUUUAGCGUUUCUUCCCAUGUUAAUAACUUUUACAGCAAUGUUUAUUGUGUCUUUAAGAAGAGUCAAUCGUUUUCUUCAAUGUAAAGAAUUGGAUCGUGAUGCCAUUGGUCAUGAUGAGCAUGAAGAUAAUCCAAUUGUCAUAGAAGAUGCUGCAUUUAGUUGGGAGGAUUCUAAGCCAAUGUUAAAAGAUAUUUCUAUACAAAUCAAAUCUGGAUCACUUGUGGCCAUUGUUGGACAAGUAGGAUCUGGAAAAUCAUCUUUUCUCUCAGCACUUCUUGGAGAAAUGGAGAAACUAAAAGGUCGAGUCAAUAUUAAGGGUACCCUUGCUUAUGUGCCUCAGCAGGCAUGGAUUCAAAAUACCACAUUAAGAAACAACAUUUUAUUCACAAAACACUAUAAAGAAAAUAAGUAUAACAAAAUUCUUGAAGCCUGUGCUCUUAAAUCUGAUUUAGAAAUGUUACCAGCUGGUGAUCGUACAGAAAUUGGUGAAAAGAAGAAAAACUGA